AAAAUAUUUUAUUUGGGUAGGGAGCUUGAAGAUCCCAUAUCACUUGUUGCACAAAAUGUUCAGCCAAACUCCUUGUUACAUCUUGUCCGUACAAAGAUACAUUUAUGGCCUAGGGCACAAAGAGUUCCAGGUGAGGACAAGUUGUUGCGUCCUCCGGGAGCAUUCAAGAAAAAAUCUGAUCUGUCUGUAAAAGAUGGACAUGUGUUUCUUAUGGAGUAUUGUGAAGAAAGGCCUUUACUUCUCGGCAAUGUUGGAAUGGGUGCAAGACUUUGCACAUAUUAUCAAAAAAGUUCUCCGGAAGACCAACCUGGGUCCUUAUUACGCAACACAGAUAGUAGCUUGGGGCAUGUUAUUUCCCUGGACCCUGCAGACAAAUCUCAUUUUCUUGGUGAUUUAAAACCUGGUAGCAGUCAGUCAUCACUCGAGACCAAUAUGUAUAGAGCACCCAUAUUUACUCAUAAAGUUCCUCCAACUGACUAACUGCUGGUUCGUUCGUCAAAGGGAAAGCUAUCAUUAAGGCGCAUUGAUAAAGUUAAUGUUGUUGGACAGCAGGAGCCUCUCAUGGAGGUGUUCUCGCCUGGAAGUAAGAAUCUGCAGACUUUCAUGAUGAACAGGCUAUUGGUACACAUGUGCCGUGAGUUCCAAGCUGCAGAGAAGCAGCACUUGUCUCCAUACAUUCGCAUUGACUACUUUCUUUCACAGUUUUCCUUCCUAUCGGAAGCCUCAUUUCGUAAAAGGAUCAAGGAAUAUGCUAAUUUACAGAGAGGCCCAAAUGGACAAUCCAUUUUUGUUAAAAAGCGUAAUUUCCGCAUGUGGUCGGAGGAUGAAUUGAGAAAAAUGGUGACACCAGAACUUCAUGCAAGCUGGCCUCUACCGCUUAAAACAUUUAGGAAUAACUGAAACACAUCCUAAUAAUAUUUCAUCUGCAAUGAGUCGGCUUCCUGAUGAAGAUAUAGCACUGGCUGCUGCAUCACACAUUGAGAGAGAACUGCAAAUUACUCCAUGGAACUUGAGUAGCAAUUUUGCUGCCUGUACAACUCAGGGUAAGGAAAAUAUUGAACGGAUGGAAAUUACUGGAGUUGUUGAUCCAUCAGGCCGCGGCUUGGGUUUUAGCUAUGCUAGGGCACCUCCAAAGGCACCAGUGUCUAGUGCAGUGGUGAAGAAAAAAGCAGCGGCUGGCAGGGGAGGUUCCACUGUUACCGGUACAGAUGCUGAUUUACGUAGAUUAAGCAUGGAGGCUGCACGAGAGGUACUUCUUAAAUUCAAUGUUCCCGAGGAAGUCAUUGCAAAACAAACCAGAUGGCAUCGCAUUGCUAUGAUACGCAAACUUUCAAGUGAGCAGGCUGCGUCUGGGGUUAAGGUUGAUCCAACAACUAUAGGAAAAUAUGCCCGUGGUCAGCGAAUGUCCUUUCUUCAGUUACAGCAGCAGACCAGAGAGAAGUGCCAGGAGAUUUGGAAUAGGCAAGUUCAGAGUUUGUCAGCUUUAAUGAGAGUGAUUCAGAAGGAAAUAGUGAUCUAGAUUCUUUUGCUGGGGAUCUGGAAAAUUUGCUUGAUGCUGAGGAAUUUGAAGAGGGAGAAGAAGGUACUAUUGACCUAAAACGUGAUAAGGGAGACAGUGUUAAGGGUCUUAGAAUGAGAAGACGCACAACCUUGGCUCAGGCAGAGGAGGAAAUAGAAGAUGAAGCAGCUGAGGCCGCUGAAUUAUGCAGGCUGCUUAUGGAUGAUGAUGGAGCUUACCGGAAAAAAAAGAAGAAUGCCAGGGUUAUGGUGGAUGCAAGAAGAUUGAUACCGAAACUACAACCAAAAUUUGUCUUUGACAGCACUGAACAAGUAAAGCUAACAAAUACAACAUUGCAACUUGAUGGAACUAAUCAUUUUAAGGAGGAUGCAAUUACAGAUCAUAGGGAGGAUGAUAAAUUUUCUGCUAAGAAAAGCAAAUCAGUUAAGGUCAAUAAAGCAAAGAAGAGUGACAUUUCACCUAUUAGUGUAUCAAAUAAAAAAAUCAAACUAAAUAUGGGAGAAGGAAUCAAGAUAGUCAAGUUAAAGAAGAAAGUCUUUGUUAAUGAUCAUCUGACAGCAUGUCACUAUAAAAAACUACUCGCAAUUAUGCUAAAUUUCAUGUUGAGGUCUGCAGAGUUUUUGAAUGGUGAGACUUGCUUCUCUUUUCUAAAACAGUGGCUGGAGCUAUUUACCUCAGGAUGAUUUGUGUGAGUUCAUUUCACUCAUAACCCCGUGAUGUACCGAAGAGAAAACAGACAACACUAUAGCUCGGCAUUCAAAUCACACAAUAAAGGCAGAAUCAGAGGACCGUCGCCGCGAAUCUGAUCACAAUACUGAAACAGUGUCAUCACCAUCCUCGAAAGAUAAGUGUUUUUUCAUAAAGUCGCGAUAAUGAUCAUCUUAUAAUUGAUUUUUAAUUCAAUACUAGGCAUAAUCAUGUUGUGAAUAAUGUUUUAUGUAUCUGAGAAAGCAAUUUACAGCAUACUGCUAAAUUGAAUGUCAACGCAUGUGAAACCAAAAAGCGCAGCUGCUCGACUAGAUGUGUGCUUACUUAUGAUUUGGUUCUGUGUUUUUACAAAUCGCGGGGUCGUCGUGACCAUUGAAAGAUAAGUAUUUUACAUGUUAUAUGGAUCAAUCAUGAUCAAAUAUUGUUUGUUUAUAGACACUUACUGUUAUGAUAAUCACACUAAAAUUAGUCAGAAAUUGGUAUGGAUGGUUUUUGAUUUAAAAACCUAUGGAUUAUGUCCAGUAUUGCAUUGCAUGGUUCAUAUUUCUAUUAUGAAUGCAUACUUUGAAUCAGUAAUGAAUUUUUUUUCAUUAUCUGUUCGACACAGUACCAACAUGGUUUCUAUUCUUGAAAAGGAUAUUGUAUGAUAUCUUGUGGUUAUUGUCAAGUUUGGCUACUUAGUGUGGUUAUACUACGACAUUGGGUGCAUUAAAUAGUUUGGUUCAAAGUGGAUGAUCCUAAACUAAAUAUGUUUGAACAUUAUCUUUGGGAAUUGUAGAUAUUUAGUAGGACAUGUAUAAAGAUUGCACCCACGCUGCAAAUUGAUAAUUUAAAGUUAUUCUUUAUAUAGUUUAAAAGGAUAUGAUUUUAAAUAUAGAAAUAUCUUGAAAAUUGCUCUUCUUAAUUUAUUAUCUUAGUUCAUUUUUCUUUUUAUUUUAUAACAUUUUAAAGAAAAAACUUCAAAAAUAGAUGUUCCAGCAUGUAUAACACUUAUCAAAUGCUACUUUAGCGUUCCCUUCGAUAAAUCACACUUAUGUUGGAAAUGGCUUGUGCAACCUUGAAUAGCGUUUAUUUCCCCACAUUGUUGGCCAUCAAGUGGAAUCAAUGUUGUUAAUGGCAGAUGGCGGAGCCAAAAUCCCGGCAUAUCGGCCACUUUGCGGCACCGUUAUAACAGAUUAUGGCAGAAAAGCUUGCAAUAUCUGGCCGAUGUUUACCAUUGCGGUGAGACUACAAAAUGCCAUGUAUAUCCACCAUAGCGGCCAUGGCGCUGCUAUUUGCUAUUUAAUAACACUGGGUGGAAUCUACUGCUUAGAGCUAUAGUCAUCCAUGGUUGUCAAUUUCUGAAUCAUAUUACUUUGCAAUAGUAGGCAUCAAAGUUGAGUUAACUCAAAAAAUUGCUUUUGUAAUAGACUUGGAUAGACGAGCAUAGUCUUCAGUAUGAGUACAAAUUGUACAAUACAAUUGCAGUGGCAGUGUUUUUUUUUAAAAAUCUAAGAUAAGAACAACAGUUGAAUGAUAUGUGGUUGAGGUAUAGCCUAGUUAUAUCACUUGACUCCAUAGAUGCAUUUAGCAUCUCAAUGUGAACUCAUCUAUAAACAAGGGAACUUUGUUGUGUCUGAGUCUCAACCUUGCAGCUUUUGGAUUUGCAGGGUUUUAUGGAUGCCGAUUGUUUUUUGUGUUUCUAUUAAUUGUUGCACUUUAGAAAAAAGGUGUGCCUGUGUCGGAUAUCGAAGAGACAUUAAGUUCAAUGGAGUUGUGUCUGGUGUCCGUGCUAGCCAUCUUAGUUUUGUUUUGAUAAUUUUUAUAUUUGGGUGUGUUUGGUAAGAUACUAAAAUCCCUUUUUGGCGGCUUUCUGAAUAGCCCAAGUAUAGGAACCAAUUAGGUAUCUGCUUAACUUUGUAGUAUUGCUUGGGCUAUAACUUAUAAGUUGGUUUACAGUUAAGCGAAACUUAAAUCAGAACGAGAUUUAUGACUUUUUGUUUAAGAAAGUGAAUUCACUUUACCGUGAAUGUCCCGAGAUGGAAAUGGAAAUAUGGAUGCCUUGUGGGAAACGUAAAAUUCACUUUACCGUGAAUGUCCCGAGAUGGAAAUGGAGAUAUGGAUGCCUUGUGGGAAUUGUAAAAUUCACUUUACCGUGUGAUUGUCCCGAGAUGGAAAUGGAGAUAUGGAUGCCUUGUGGGAAACGUAAAAUUCACUAUACCGUGAAUGUCCCGAGAUGGAAAUGGAGAUAUGGAUGCCUUGUGGGAAUUGUGAAAUUCACUUUACCGUGUGAUUGUCCCGAGAUGGAAAUGGAGAUAUGGAUGCCUUGUGGGAAACGUGAAAUUCACUUUACUGUGUUUGUCCCGAGAUGGAAAUGGAUAUAUGGAUGCCUUGUGGGAAAUGUGAAAUUCACUUUACCGUGAUUGUCCCGAGAUGGAAAUAGAGAUAUGGAUGCCUUGUGGGAAUCGUGAAAUUCACUUUACCGUGUGAUUGUCCCGAGAUGGAAAUGGAGAUAUGGAUGCCUUGUGGGAAACGUGAAAUUCACUUUACCGUGAUUGUCCCGAGAUGGAAAUGGAUAUAUGGAUGCCUUGUGGGAAACGUGAAAUUCACUUUAUCGUGAAUGUCCCAUGAUGGAAAUGGAGAUAUGGAUGCCUUGUGGGAAACGUGAAAUUCACUUUACCGUGAUUGUCCCGAGAUGGAAAUGGAUAUAUGGAUGCCUUGUGGGAAACGUGAAAUUCACUUUCCCGUGAAUGUCCCGAGAUGGAAAUGGAGAUAUGGAUGCCUUGUGGGAAACGUGAAAUUCACUUUAUGAGGGCAAUCCUCACCCUACAAGCCGGUUUUGUAGGGUUGAGUUAGGCCCAACCACAUUUCUUAACAUUAACCAAUGACUUUUUGUUAAAGAAAUGAAAUUCACUUUAAAGUGAAUGUCCCGAGAUGGAAAUGGAGAUAUGGGUGCUUUGUGGGAAAUGUGUUAAGUACUGUGGCGAUGAAAUAAAGUUAACCGAUGACUUUUUGUUUGAGAAUUGAAUUUCACUUUACCGUGAAUGUCCCGAGAUGGAAAUGGAGAUAUGGUUGCCUUGUGGGAAAUGUGUUGAGUGCUGUGGG